AUGUCCGACACAUAUGGGAAUCAACCGCAGACACCACUGCCCGGCACCGGGCGAUGGGUGCAGACAUCUCAGCACACAGGAGUUGUCACUACACAACCAACAAGAGCUUGGCUGCCGCCCACACCUACCACUCCGUCCACACCUGCAGGACAUCUCGGUGUGGGUCAGCAGUUAUUUUCCUACACCAGUCCUAGCGUUGGUUCGGCUCGAUUAUCGCCCACUCCCGGAGCUCAAACACCCGUCAGCGCUGUCACACCGACAAGUUUGCCAUCUGAUAGGCACCCGAGUUGGACAGGCAGUGAAUCAGACACAAGUACUACACCAUCGCUCCCACACUACCGACGACCACGAAGGGUGGCCUUACCCGGCGGUGUCGCACCGGUCAUGACAGGACAACACCCGGUACCUGUAUGGGCGGCCCCUACCCAAUACUUACCGCCAAUCAAUCGUCUCGAUCGCCUGUACGAUAUGGCGCCCCGCGGCUAUGAGCCAACCCAUGCCCUCCCGGAUCGGAGCCUAUCCGGUGAAGUGCACGUCAGUAGCGGCGAUGAGUACAGCGGUUGGUUGGGAGGUCUGGUGCCCACCCGUACCGGUAUGGCAGCGUUGAGGGCCAAGACUGAGCGCGAUGUGGCCAAAGUACGUGAGUUGGGCUUUGAUAUUCAUGUUGGCACAGGUAGGGAGAUUGGCGAGGGAAUGUUUAGCCAGGUAUUUUCCGGCACUUACACCGCACAGAUAAGCGAAUUUCAAAGCACUAGACAGGGCAAGCGUCUGACCCAUGUACAGCCCGGGCAAAAGUUUGCCGCAAAAUACGCUCAGUUGGCUUCCGAUGUCAAUCCGCUUGAGUACAUGUGCCAUAUCAUCGAGAAGGCUGUGAUGAAAGCGCUGAGCCAUCCAAACAUUAUGGCCUACAGAGUGGUCAUUAAUAUUGGCCACCGAGUGAUACUUCGCAAUCUAGCGGGCAAUCAAUCGCCCGAUCACAUGGGCUAUAGGCGGGUCUUUUUGAUCAUGGACUUUGCCGACCAUGGCCAUUUGCUCUACUUUGUCGACCAACACCGUAAACUCACCGAUCAAUUAACGGUGAGAUUCACCGGCGAGUUGGGCUCAGCUUUGGGUUAUAUGCACGCCAAUGGUGUGGCGCACAGCGACUUGCACUACAAAAACAUACUGGUGUUUAGCGCACCGGGAGGUCAGUAUACGGCGAAAUUGACCGACUUUGGUCUGAGCGUAUCGCCCGCCAUAUACGGCCAAUUGGGCGUAACUGUGCCCCAAAGUGAGUUCAAUCAGAAAGUAAGAGGCGAUCUAAUCGAGUUUAGGUCUGUUGUGGAUUUCAUGGCAUUUACUUGCCGCAACAAUCGGGGUAAUGUGGGCGCCGACUUGAGCCAGGUGGAAAGUCUAUCCAACGAGUUGUUCACACUGCAGGUGCCGUUAUUGGAUGCGCUCAAAAAGUAUUCACAUUUAAACCCAUAUUGUAUCUAA